CGUUAUGUAUUUUUUUUGCAGUGCACGGAUUUUGUGAAGGCAGGAGCGGAGCAAGGAUUGACGCCAUCCGAUGUCGUUCUGGCCGCCGAUAUCACUUUCUCGUGCGUGGCUGACCCUCAAGCUGCUAAAGAUAUGGUUUUUGGUAACUGCGGUGUCUUGACGGAGAUAUCACCCGACAAGAGCUACGUCGAAAUGACCGGUAUUGACGCGGAGACGUCUCAGGACAUCGCCGAGGCGAUAAACGGCAAGGGUGGUCGCUAUCUCGAGGCACAGGUGCAAGGGAGCAAAACGCAAGCGCAAGAAGGCACUCUGGUCAUCCUUGCCGCUGGAGAUCGGUCGCUCUUUGACGAAUGCCAAUCCUGCUUCGAGGCAAUGGGCAAGAACAGCUUCUACCUCGGCGAAGUCGGCAAUGCUUCCAAGAUGAAUCUUGUACUUCAGCUAAUGGCUGGUGUCACUCUGGCAGCUCUGGCCGAGAGCAUGGCACUCGCGGAUCGCGCUGGACUCCAGCAAAAGGACGUUCUGGAGGUUCUGGAGUUGACAUCUCUGGCGUGUCCGGCAAUUCUUGAGAAGGGCAAAGCGAUUAUUGAAGGCGGUUUCCCUACUCAAUUACCGCUGCAACAUAUGCAGAAGGACCUGCGACUGUCGUUAGGCAUGAGCGACCAGUUGGAGCAACCUUUGCCGCUUGCUGCCGCAGCGAAUGAAGUUUACAAGCACGCAAAGCGUCUUGGAUAUGGCGAACACGACGCCUCGGCCGUUUAUAUUAGGGCUAGGUUCUAACGCAGCAUGCGCUUCGUGUUGUUGUCACCGAGCUUCUUCAUAUUUAUUGCGAUACCUGACGUUGUUUCCCGCCGCUAAGAAAGAAAGAGAAAAAGAGAGGGGGAGAGAGAGAGAGAGAGAAAAAGAGAGACAGAUAAAGAGAAAGGAGAGUACAUAUUACUGUAUACAUAAAAAAUAUAUUCGUAUAUUUUUGGUUUGAUAUAGGUUGACGAUUUCGAAAGAUAUACACGCCGUGUAAACAUUUGUGAGGUUUUACGGAAGUAGAGAAUUGAAGUUAAGCAACGAGGAAACAAAAACGCGGUAGCAAAUCGCAGAAGAGCUUUGUCGACUCGCGUCGCGAAGAAAAAUGUUACAACUAUUUGAAAAAAAAUUUUUUUAAAUUAAUUUCUCACACUAUGACAAUGAUUUGGAUUAUGGCAAUAUUCUUUUUUUUCUGAUAUCAAAGCGAUAGCUUCCCGUGUGCAUGUCGAUGAAGGGAAUAUUUUUCUUCGCACGCGGACGGAGGAUUAGCGUCGGUUUGAUUAACAGUCGAGCUCCCGAGUCGCGUUUCGGUUUCGAUCGCGCGCAAGACGCCCACCUAAUUCGGUUUCGAGAGAUUCGGGACGUGUCGGAAGAAAAAUAAUGUGCCUUACGAUACCGAUUGAGGGAAAAGGCUUAAAUAAAACGUUGCGCGAGAUAGCCGCAUUGAAAGCGGCUCAUGAUAAACGAUUACACUGUAUCGGCGUGAGAUUAUGCCAACGGCAGGGAGAUUGACGAGCUCGAUCACGACGGUGACGGUCACGAACGUUAAUGACAGUAGCCACGGAGAAGUGUAGAGACCGCACGUUUUACGUGGUGCAAUUGUAAAGUUAAAAUUACGCGAAUAUCUUAGAAGCCUUUGCCAACCCGAAGCGAUAACAGCAAGAGGUUGACGACUGAUUCUUUCUUGCAUACUUUCGUCUUCUUUAUGAUCUAAAGGAUAGCUUUUAAUGGACUAUUUUAUAGACGCACUUUUAUUUUCAUAGCUUUCUCGAGUUUGUAUGUCACACUUUGUACAACGAACAGACGCACAUAUAUUAUCUUGCGCUGUUUAUUAGUAAAUUUAGCAGAUCUAACUGAAGGAUUAGUUAUUUUUCUGGAGAUUUAUCGGCAAACUCACAUGACAGUACCGUCAUCAAUUCGUCCGUGCAGAAAAAAAAUUCUUAUGAAAUCGUGAAGUUCGACGUUUGAAUUGGAAAAAAGGAAAGAUAUUAACGCUCGCAUUAACUUGGUUCACUUUUACCGACGCUGCUGUUAAUCGACAAGCUGACGUGCAGCGCAUUAUAAAUUAAUGAAGAUACAGAGGGACUGAGGAAAAUGUUAUUUAGAAUAGAUAUAUGUGUAUAUUAUAUGUUGCGUUUUCUUAUCUUCUUAACAACGUUAACGAUAUCAGCUUUCCUCGAAGGCCUGGCCUUGAAAGCAGUAGUAGAAAUUGAAACUGUACGUCCGCAGAUAUUUUGUACUUUUAGUCAUUCCACAGUUUUGAAAAGGAAAGUUUCAAACCCAAAGUCACAAGCCGAGCAUGAUAAAAUCUGAAUAAAAAAGUACACUGAUGAAUGAUUUUUGCGGGUGUCACUUUCCCAAAACUUUCCCUGACGUAAUUCGUUUAGUAUACCGAAAUUUGUCUACAAAAGCGAGUCGCGUGUUCGACGGACGUCGAAUUCUCGGAACGGUUCGCGAUAACGUACUUUACUACCGCGUACGAGUCACAUGAUCGCAUGAUCUCCGCGAGAAGAGAAUCCUGAGGGGAGAGAUGAAUGAGCGAAGGAAGCGUUUUCGUUUUCCCAGGAAUAUGAUCUCGUGGGCGACGCGCGUCGAAAUCGAGAGUGACUGCAGGAUCGCGAAUUGGCCUGCGUGGGAGACUUGGUCGAGGAACCGAAAGAAGAAAAAGAUGCAUGAAUUUCCCCCCGAUGUGCAAGAAAAUAUUGUCGGCGUUUAAAGAUGCAUGAAAAUCCGCAGAGAGAACUUCUUCACGUCGAAAUAAAUUUGCGCUAUUUCUAUAGAAUUUUUUAUCUUUUUCCUGCCAAAUUAUUGCAGACUUUUUGUGAGAGUUCUUGAACAUUGAUUUUACAAAGCUCAGGCGAUGUCCGAUAGAAAUGCGUGAAGUAUUUUCUAAACUGUUGCCUCUGAUAUAUUUUUUGUAUAUUCUUAGAUUAAAAACUGCAAAUUUUUACGUUGUGUUUAACUAUGAUUUUUGUCGGAGAAAAUAUUUAGAGAAAUGAUUAAAAAAAAAAAAAAAACAAGAAAUUUUCUUUUGGCGGAGAACCCAAGCGAGAUUAUUUCUGCGUCGAAGAGUCAACUUUUUUUUUUAUGUAGUUUCCAUUUCUCUUCAGGCGGCAAUCCUUUCACACCACCUGCACUCUUAUCUACAGAUAUUUCUCGAAAUCGAAUGGAUAAUCGCGUCAUUCACGCGGCACAGAUCUCGAAUUUAUGUAAGCGCGUGCGGGAAAUUGCGUAGCGUAUAGCUGAAAUAACAGUGGCUCGGCGCCAUAUCACGUGCGACAAUGUAAUUAGACACAUACACAGUUGACAGUUAAAUAAUAACAUCACAAUGACACAUUUUGUAUGUGUAUGAACCUGCAACCUGUGGGGCGGAGAUAGAAUGAGGAAAUAUUAUAUUCUACUGCAUUAAACAAAAAGCAUAAAGAAGGAUAUAUUAUUAGUAAAUAUUAAGUUUACUAAAGAAAAAAAAAACAAGCAGAAAUCGAAGGAGAAGGAGGAGAGUAAUGUGGGAGUAAUUAGUGUGAGUGCGAGCGAAUGAAUGAGGGUAUACGUUAUGCGCGUUACGUCGGCAACAGACGUUAUAUGUUUUGUCACGGAUACACAAUGGUUUUUAAAUAAAUAUCUAUUUGACCUAUGAA